AUGAGGAUUAGUUUGUUUUCUGGUCUCUUGGCCCUUGGUUCAGGAUUAGUAUCUGCUAUAGACAAAACUUUUAUAGUCACAUCUGAGAUUGAUGGUAUUAGUGUCUUUUUGACUGCAUCUGAGCAGCAAGUUUAUUUGGUAGAAGAAAGUGGCACUUUGUUCACAUUUGAUUCCCUGUACAAUUUACUCCUCCUUGAUGAUGAGGAGUCCAAGGUUUCACAUGAUUCUGAAAGUGGUUUAUUAAUAGUUGUUCCUGCGGGAGGGACUGCGAGUCAAUGGCUUGUUUUUGACCCUGAGGCUCAACAGAGCGACAUAGCUUAUUCGUUUCCAUUAUAUGCCUGUUCUGUGAAUGAAGUGGGACCACCCUACCAGAUUCAGAUUGCAGGAGGAGACGGAUGCCAGGGAGUGACCUUUCAUCGUGAAGUGAUAGAAGAUGAGACAGAAAUUGUUGAAGAACCAGUUGUUGAAGAACCAGUUACUGAAGACCCAGAAAUUGUUGAAGAACCAGUUGUUGAAGACCCAGAAAUUGUUGAAGAACCAGUUGUUGAAGACCCAGAAGCAACUGAAGAACCAGUUACUGAAGACCCAGAAAUUGUUGAAGAACCAGUUGUUGAAGACCCAGAAGCCACUGAAGAACCAGUUGUUGAAGACCCAGAAGCCACUGAAGAACCAGUUGUUGAAGACCCAGAAGCCACUGAAGAACCAGUUGUUGAAGACCCAGAAGCCACUGAAGAACCAGUGGUUGAAGACCCAGAAAUUGUUGAAGAACCAGUUGUUGAAGACCCAGAAAAUCCAACUGAAGAGCCAGUCGCCACUGAAGAACCAGAAGUCACUGAAGAGCCAGAAGAGCCAGCUGUUACCGAAGAGCCAGAAGAGCCAGCUGUUACCGAAGAGCCAGAAGAACCAGCUGUUACUGAAGAACCAGCUGUUACCGAAGAGCCAGAAGAACCAGCUGUUACUGAAGAGCCAGAAGAACCAGUUGUUACCGAAGAGCCAGAAGAACCAGUUGUUACCGAAGAGCCAAUUGCUACCGAAGAACCAGUUGUUACCGAAGAGCCAAUUGCUACCGAAGAACCAAUUAAUACCGAAGAGCCAGCUGUUACCGAAGAACCAGCUGUUACCGAAGAGCCAAUUGUUACCGAAGAACCAGCUGUUACCGAAGAACCAGCUGUUACCGAAGAACCAAUUAAUACCGAAGAACCAGUUGCUACUGCAGAACCAGUUGUUACAUUACCUACUGACUUGGUUAAUCCAGAUGAGCCAUUUAUCCUUCUCACAUUAUUGGAGAAUGAGAUUGUUACUUUGGGAACAAAUGAAACACAUAUUACCUUGUUGAAUGGUGGUGAAGCCACAUUUAACCUCGUUGACGGGUACCUCAAACUUGGAGAGCAGUAUGUCCAUGCUGGAUCUGAUGGAGCGUUAUCCGUCGGUGAUGUUGGAGAAGCUGCACAAGGAUGGGGAGUUGAAGGAAACAUCAUCACCUUUGAUGUCACCAACAGUGAUAUCACUCUUCUGAAGCGUAACGAGCCUGUGGUGUUCUCAGCAUGUCCUGCUGAUGUAGGAUUUGUUGUCUAUGUUGGCUCUGAUGAAGGUUGUGUUGUACUUGAAGUUGUUGCUGUUAAUAAGGCAGAGGAAGUUACUGAAGCAGUGGCUUCAGUAACUGAAGAGGGAGCAGCUGCUACUGAAGAAGCUUCUGCCACUGAAGCAGCUGCUUCAGUGACUGAAGAGGGAGCAGCCAUCACUGAAGAAGCAGCAGCUACUACUGAAGCAGCUCUUACCACCUAUGUUGGCGAGACAACAAUCACCGUCACAUCAUGUGAGGAAGAUAGAUGCAGUGAGUAUCUUACAGUUCAAAAGACUAUCAUCACCACCUACUGUCCAGUUGAAAGCACCGAUGGUGCAGAAGUCACUGAGUAUCCUAUGUCUAUCGAGAAUGUUCUUACUACAUAUGCUGGCGAGACCACAAUCACUGUUACUUCAUGUGAAGAGGAUAGGUGUAGUGAGUACAUUACUACACAAAAGACUAUCUUCACCACCUACUGUCCUGUGUCGUACACUACCGAGACGCAAGUACAAGCUGUGACUACAGAUGUUACAAUUACUCUCUGUGACGGAGAAGAGUGUGAUGUUACCACUACUGUGGAGAGUACGAGCUACACUACAAUCACGCUUACCAGUUAUGUUGUUGUUACAGACGAAGCGGAAGCAGCAGUGGAAGUAGCUGCUGAAGAAGCUGUAGCUGAUGGAGAAGGAGUAGUAGUAGAUGGAGCACCUGCUUAUGAUGAAGUUGCCUCCGCAGCUUCAUCAGCUGCAGAUAUUGCGGCCCUCGCUAAUAGUGGUGUUUCCAAAUUAGCGAAUCUCAGAGCUUUGCUUCCUGCUAUCUUCUUACCCAUGCUUUUGUAG